AUGUCGUCCAAACACUUCAUCAACGAUCCAACCCAUCUAGUCUCGUCUGCUCUCCACAGCCUGACUCUCACCAACCCCUCCGUUGCUCUAGACUCAGACCACAAGAUCAUCUACCGCCGACCUGACUCAAAUGCCGCUUCUCAAGUGUCCAUCAUCUCCGGCGGAGGCUCCGGCCAUGAGCCUUCAUUCGCCGGCAUGGUCGGCCAGGGCAUGCUCUCUGCAGCUGUUGCAGGUACCAUCUUUGCCAGCCCUUCAGCCGAGCAGAUCCGCACCGCCAUCACCUCUCGCGUCGAUACAUCAGAGGGCGUGCUGGUCACUGUCAUGAACUACACUGGUGAUGUGCUCAACUUUGGAAUGGGUGUCGAAAAGGCCAAGGCCGCCGGUCUUGCCGUCGAGAUGGUCGUUGUGGGCGAUGAUGUUGGUGUUGGCCGUGCAAAGGCUGGCAAGGUAGGAAGGCGUGGUAUCGCGGGCACCGUCCUUGUCCACAAGAUCUCCGGUGCGCUGGCAGCUCUGGGAAAGCCGCUUGAUGAGGUUGCCAAGUAUGCCCGGCUGACUGCAUCUAACCUUGUUAGUGUGGGUGCCAGUCUGGAGCAUGUUCACGUCCCUGGCCGCAAAGUCGACAGCGAAGGCAGCCUCGAAGCGGGAGAAGUUGAGCUGGGGAUGGGUAUUCACAAUGAGCCAGGCUCGGGGCGAGAAAAGGCUGACCUGCCCAACCUUGUGAGCAAGAUGCUCAAGCAACUACUCGACACGAGCGACAAGGACCGAGCAUUUGUCAAUGUCAACUCGAAAGAGGUGGUUCUCAUGAUAAACAACCUCGGUGGUGUGAGCGUUCUUGAGCUGGGUGGCAUCACGGCCGAAGUUGUGAGCCAGCUCGAGUCAAAGUACAAUAUCCGUCCCGUCAGAGUCCUGAGCGGCACCUACAUGACCAGUCUCAACGGUCUUGGUUUCAGCAUCACCCUUCUCAACGUUGUCUCUCCCGACUUUGAUGCGCCAAGCAUGAUCGAGCUACUCGACGCACCGAGUGAAGUCGUUGGAUGGUCUGCACCCAUUCAGUCUCGCACAUGGGAAGCCAAGAACUCAGCCACAAGAACAGGCAACGACGGUGCAAGCCAGGAUGCUCAGCCCAGCGAUCUCAAGAUAGACGCCAGCUCUGCGCAGGCAGCGUUGAAGAGGGCGUUGGAAAAGGUAAUUGCCGCUGAGCCAGAGGUUACUCGAUAUGACACUGUUGUGGGCGAUGGAGACUGUGGAAUCGGUCUGAAGAGGGGAGCCGAAGCAAUCCUCAAGCAUCUUGAAGAGCGUCCCUUCACUGGAGACAUAGUGGUGGACCUCUCCUCCAUCGUCACCGUGGUGGAGAAUACCAUGGACGGAACGUCUGGUGCCCUCUAUGCCAUCUUCCUCAAUGCUCUAGUCCAUGCCCUUCGCGAUCUGGCUCCUGGCAACGCGUCUCCCGAGGUCUGGGCCAAGGCCCUCAAGCAGAGCAGUGAUGCGCUAGGCAGAUACACACCAGCUCGUCCAGGCGACCGCACCUUAGUUGACGCCCUGCACCCCUUCGUUGAGGUGCUGGGCCAGACAGGCGAUGUGAAGCAGGCAGCCGAGGCGGCGAGGAAGGGAGCUGAUGAGACCAAGGGUAUGCAAGCCAGCCUCGGACGGACUGUCUAUGUCGGGGGUAGCGGAUACCAAGAGGUUCCUGACCCUGGUGCCUGGGGCCUGGCCAGCUUCUUCCUCGGCCUGAGCGAAUGA